UCAGAUGGGAGCCCUGUUUGCCAAAGCCAGCCUCCUCCCCUAUAUAUAAAGCCAACCCCAGGUGCCUUGGCCUCACUGCUUCCCUUUGCUCUCUGCCUGGAAAUUGAUCCAGUCCUUGAAGUUUCUAUCUGAUCUACUCGCAGGUUUCUCCUCUCCAAAAUGGCCAAGCCGCUCGACCAAUGUCUUGUCACGCUGGUUGGGAUUUUCCAUCAAUAUGCCUGCAAGGAAGGGGAUAAGCAAACGCUGUCUAAGAAAGAGUUGAAGGAACUGAUCCAGAAUGAGCUGACUAUUGGACCACACCUGAAGGAUGCAGAGAUUCAAGGACUGAUGGAGGAUCUGGACCGCAACAAAGACCAGGAGGUGAACUUCAAAGAGUACGCCAGUUUCUUGGGUGCCAUGGCAAUGGUUUACAAUGAGGUGCUGAAAUCCCAGUGAGCAUCUGGAAAGUCGUAUUUCCAUCGACCGUUUCAUGUCCAAUAAAAUAUAUACACAUAUAUAUAUAUAUUAAAUUUUGUAACGCUU